AUGCUGUCGGGAAUUAGCUUGGCUAUCGCGAUACUGCUCGCCCUGAAUUGCGCGUGUCGCGCGAUGGACCAUCCAUCCAUGGCGGCCACGGCCACCCAGGAGAAGGAGUGGGCCCUCACUUCCGGCAGGAGAGUGCACAGGCACGCGUACGAGAACGUCACGUCCGACGUCGUGAGCGUCAUGACCGACGUCGCCAGGGACGCGGAUGAGGGCGAGCUGACGUUCGACAGCCACGAAGACGACGUCGAGGACGCCGAUGGCGCGCAGUCGAAAAUCGGCGUGGAGGAACGAGAUCGGCCCCUGCACAGGAAACGAAGGACAGGAAAGGACAAAACGAUGAUGGCGAUGCUGCUGGCGUACAAGCUUAAAAUGAUCGCUCUGAUACCGAUGAUGCUCGGAGGUCUGAUCCUUCUGAAGGGAACGACGCUGCUCGCAGGAUUCUUCUUCGCCCUGUUCGCCGCCGUGCUCGGGCUGAAGAUACACUGA